AAGUUUAGAUGGGAGAGGGGGAGGACAUGUGGGACGAUGAGCAGCCGUUCAUUUGGGAGAGGACGUUGUUGAAAGCGUCUGCCACUUCAUGUGCACAGGCAGGCGUGGAUAAUUGGGCCGCCACUCUGCUUGUCCUCUAAUGAAUCCGAAAGCUCCUUUACUUUUAAAACUUUUCUCCUCGCGUUUGAAAAGCGCAAGAUGUUCAGAGUUUCAUACGUAAGAUUUGUACUGUGCCCAUGCCCUCCCAUGGAUUUCCCCUCCCCAAAACCCGAAUUUCGGCUUACCCAAUUUGACCGCGAAUCAGAAAACUCCCGCUUCGGUUAACUCUCCCAUUAUAAAUACCCGACUUUCCUUAUCAUGAUCUCCGCAUUCAAUUCCACUUGUUUUACUCUCUGGGAUUUUAGAUUGAUUGUGGGGCUUUUGUUCUUUAAUAAAUUUUUUCUCCGGGGAUCUUGGGAUCGAAUUUGGUAGAAGAACAGUUAAAAUGACGGUGGGAGCUGGCAUAUCGGUGGCCGACGGGAGGCUCUUGGUGUUGGGCAGCUGCAUUCUCACCGAUGUUCACGACAACAUUGUAGUGACUCCGGCCGCCGGCGGCGAUUUAGUCCACGGAGCUUUCGUCGGCGUCCGGUCUGACCGCGUCGGAAGCCGCCGGGUCUUCCCUGUCGGAAAGCUUCAAGGAUUGCGUUUUAUGUGUGUGUUCCGGUUCAAGCUGUGGUGGAUGACACAGAGGAUGGGCAGCUGUGGGAAAGACAUUCCCUUCGAGACCCAGUUUUUGAUAGUUGAAGCACAGGACGGUUCUCAUUUUGGCCAAUCUUCACAAUAUGUUGUUUUCUUACCAAUUUUGGAAGGAGACUUCAGAGCUGUUCUUCAAGGGAAUGCACACAAUGAGAUGGAGAUCUGUUUGGAAAGUGGAGAUCCUGCGGUGGAUGGAUUUGAGGGUAGUCAUUUGGUUUUCGUUGCAGCUGGAUGUGACCCAUUUGAUGUCAUCACAAACGCUGUGAAGAGUGUGGAGAAACAUUUGCAGACAUUCUGCCAUCGCGAGAGAAAGAAGAUGCCGGACUUUUUAAACUGGUUUGGCUGGUGUACGUGGGAUGCUUUCUAUACAGAUGUCACUGCAGAGGGGGUGAGGCGAGGAUUAGAGAGUUUGGAGAAGGGCGGGAUUUCCCCAAAAUUUGUCAUCAUUGAUGAUGGAUGGCAAUCAGUCAGCAUGGAUGCUAAUGGUAUCGAAUCCAAAGCAGAUAAUGCAGCCAACUUUGCAAACAGGUUAACACACAUAAAGGAGAACCACAAAUUUCAGAAAGAUGGUAAAGAAGGUCUCAGAGUUCAGGAUCCCACCAUGGGACUUAGCCACAUUGUUACUGAAAUCAAAGAAAAACAUGCUUUGAAGUACGUUUAUGUGUGGCAUGCAAUAACAGGGUACUGGGGUGGUGUUCGACCUGGUGUUACAGAAAUGGAACACUAUGAAUCCAAAAUGGCUUACCCCAUUUCCUCACCUGGCGUCCAGCUGAACGAGUCUUGUGAUUGUUUGAACAGAAUUACAACAAAUGGGCUUGGCCUUGUGCAUCCUGAGAAAGUUUUUAACUUCUAUAAUGAACUUCAUUCCUAUCUAGCAUCUGCCGGGAUCAAUGGUGUCAAAGUUGAUGUUCAGAACAUCCUUGAAACUCUUGGGGCAGGCCAUGGUGGAAGAGUGAAACUUGCUAGAAAAUACCAUCAGGCCUUGGAAGCUUCCAUUUUGAGAAACUUCCCUGAUAAUGGAAUUAUUUCCUGCAUGAGUCAUAACACAGAUGGUUUGUAUAGUGCGAAGAGGACAGCAGUUAUAAGAGCAUCAGAUGAUUUCUGGCCAAGAGAUCCCGCAUCACACACAAUUCACAUUGCAUCAGUUGCUUACAACACCGUUUUUCUCGGGGAAUUCAUGCAGCCAGAUUGGGAUAUGUUCCAUAGCCUGCACCCUAUGGCGGAAUAUCACGGAGCAGCUCGUGCCGUUGGAGGAUGUGCCAUUUAUGUCAGUGACAAGCCUGGACAUCAUGACUUUGACCUCCUGAAGAAGCUUGUGCUUCCUGAUGGCUCUAUACUAAGAGCCAAACUUCCUGGUAGACCAACGAGGGACUGUUUGUUCUCUGAUCCUGCCAGAGAUGGGAAAAGUCUUCUGAAGAUAUGGAAUCUAAAUGAUUUCACUGGAGUCAUGGGGGUUUUCAACUGCCAAGGAGCUGGGUGGUGCCAGGUUGGAAAGAAGAACCUUAUCCACGAUGAACAACCUGGCACUAUUACCGGGGUUAUCCGAGCCAAAGAUGUUGAUUAUUUGCCCAGAGUUGCUGGUGACAAAUGGACUGGGGAUACCGUAAUAUAUUCCCAUCUUGGUGGAGAGGUGGUGUAUCUUCCCAAGGAUAGCUCUAUGCCUAUAACAUUGAAGGCCAAAGAGUAUGAAGUUUUUACUGUGGUUCCUGUUAAGGAACUGUCUAAUGGCACUUCCUUUGCUCCCAUUGGUCUCACCAAAAUGUUCAACUCCGGAGGAUCCAUCAAGGAGUUAAACUAUGAGGCCGAUGGAAUUGGGAUAGUUGGAAUGAAAGUUCACGGGUGUGGAAUAUUUGGGGCAUUUUCGUUCGCUCGGCCUAAAAGGGUAACUGUUGAUUCAGAGGAAAUAGAUUUUAGAUAUGAAGAAGGAUCUCGAUUAGUUACUGUUGUUCUGAGAGUUCCAGAGCAGGAGUUGUUCCUGUGGACAAUAGUUAUGGAGCUAUGAAUACUGAAAAAGAUUUUACAUAUGAAGAAGGAUCCUGAUUAGUUACCCUUGUUCAAAGGGUCCCAGAGCAAGAGUUGUACCUGUGGACAAAAAUGGUUAUGGAGCUAUUAGGACUGAAAUAGAUUUUACAUAUGGAGGAUCCAGAUUUGUUACCCUUGUUCUGAGGGGUUCCAAAGCAAGAGCUGUUCCUGCGGACAAAAAUAGUUAUGGUGCUAUGAAGACAACCCAUGUCUUUGGUUAUCUUUGAAGACAACCCAAGGUGUUGUUUAAUUGUGGGAAACUAUUUUUGUUUUCCCAUUUUAAUUUUUUAAGGAAUAAAAAAUUGUUGCCCCAUCUUUGGGGUUUUAUAAAAUGAGAAGAAGCCUUUGAUUCCA